AGAUGGGAAGAUGUGGCGAGUGGUGGGGUCAUGUUGGAGGUGGCGGAGGAUUAUGUGUUGUAUUUGCCGGCUGGUGGGGUGAAAGGUGAGGACUAGGGGGACUCUGCCCUUGUUGUGAGUGCGGGGAUGGGGAGAGAGAGCAGUGUUACGGGGUAUGGAUGAGACCCUGGUGCGAGCCUCAUCUAUGGUGGAGGAGGGGAAUCCCCGUUCCCUGAAGAACAAGGACAUUUCCGAUGCCCUGGUGUGGAACGUCUCAUCCUGGGAGCAGAUGCGGCGUAGGCGGAGGAAUUGGGAGUAGGGGAUGGAGUCUUUAAAGAGGGCAGGGUGGGAAGACAUGUAGUCCAGAUAGCCAUGUGAGUCAGUUGGUUUGUAGCGUAUGUCGGUCAGAAGUCUGUCCCCUGCGAUGGAGAUGGUGAGGUCAAGGAAUGGUAGGGAAGUGUCGGAAAUGGUCCAGGUGUAUUGGAGUGCCGGAUGGAAGUUAGUGGUGAAGUGGAUGAAGUCAGUCAGUUGUGUGUGGGUGCAGGAGGUGGCACUAAAGCAGUCGUCGAUGUAACGGAGGUAGAGGUCGGGGAUGGGGCCCUGGUACGUAUUGAGCAAGGAUAGGUGGCUGUGCCCUUGGAUGCAGGGACGGGCGGUCGGUGUGCGUGCGCCUUUAAGGGGCGGGAUUGUCGCAACUCAGGUUAGUAUCCGUGAAACGAGACAUUGUAGCGGCGGUGGCGGCGGCGGCAAAGGCAAAGACCUGGAGCGGAUCCGCGGGGGAAGCCGGAGCGCAGAUCAGAUCAGAUCAGAUCAGAGGAGCGGAGACGUGGAACUCGGGCAGCGGACACCCGGCUUCAUCCCGAGCCGUAGCCAGGGAGCGGAGCGCCGGUACACGGGCACACGGCAAGGAUGUACCUGAGUGGCCAGUUCCCCGGUGUUGGUGUGUGCCGCGGGCUGCUGCUGAUGUGGACGGUGAUGGCGGUGGACGGGACGCGGUGGAACGGCACCGUCCCGCCCCCCGCUGCCUUCCUGCGAGACCUCCUCAGCCGUUACGGUGAACACCAGGUGUUGGAGCUGCACCAGCUGAAGGCGCUGCUCAACCGGCUGGACGUGGGUGUCGGCAACACCGGGGCCCGCACCGGCAACCGGAGCCUCGACAAGUGUUUCUCGUCGGCGGAGAUCUUUGCCAUCCACCAGCUGACCAACAGCAGCCGCAUUGAUGGUGCUGCCCUGACGCACAUCUGCCCCACCGUCCUGCAACAGCUGGAGAGCGGAGCGUGCACGGCUGACAACCUGGAGGACCAGGAGGACGAGGUGACCGACGGGCAGAAGCCCAGCGCCACAGAAGUCUGGGGUUAUGGUUUCCUCUGUGUGACUGUGAUCUCGCUCUGCUCGCUGCUGGGAGCCAGUGUGGUGCCAUUUAUGAGGAGAACCUUUUACAAGCGGCUGCUGCUGUAUUUCAUUGCCCUGGCCAUCGGUACCCUCUACUCUAAUGCACUCUUUCAGCUCAUCCCUGAGGCCUUUGGCUUUGACCCCAGGAAGCCGGAUUAUGUGACCAAGUCGGUGGUGGUCUUCGGUGGAUUCUAUCUGUUCUUCUUCACCGAGAAAAUCCUCAAGAUGAUCAUGAAACCCAAGGAGAAGCGCCGAGUGAAGGGCCACAGUCACUGCUGUCCGGAGCAGCUGAUGACGGGCAGUGAGCAGGAGGACGGGGCAUUGGAGAAGCUGCAGAACGGUGGCGUGGGGCGGGCACCCUGCCCAGGCAGUGGCGACUGUGAGCGGCAGAGUCUGUCCGAGGCAGCCCGGCCUGGAGGGGCCGGUCACCCACAGGAGCGUUGCCAUGGCAACUGCUACUGGCUGAAGGGCAGCCGGUACUCGGACAUCGGGACUCUGGCCUGGAUGGUGACCCUGAGCGACGGGCUGCACAACUUCAUCGACGGCCUGGCCAUCGGCGCCUCCUUCACCGUCUCUGUCUUCCAGGGGGUCAGCACCUCCAUCGCCAUCUUGUGUGAGGAGUUCCCCCACGAGCUGGGUGACUUUGUCAUCCUACUGAAUGCGGGCAUGAGUUUACAGCAGGCUCUCUUCUUCAACUUCCUGUCCGCCUGCUGCUGCUACCUGGGCCUGGCCUUUGGGAUCCUGGCCGGCAACCACUUCUCCCCCAGCUGGAUCUUCGCCCUGGCGGGGGGCAUGUUCCUCUACAUCGCCCUGGCCGACAUGUUCCCCGAGAUGAACGAGGUGAGCAAAGAUGAGGAUGGGCAGGAGUCGACAUCGCUGGUGGUCUUUGCGAUACAGAACGCUGGACUACUGACCGGGUUUGCCAUCAUGUUGCUGCUCACCAUGUACUCGGGGUCCAUCCAGUUCGGCUAGAGACGGUGACGGGCACGGCCGCGGUGUCGGGCAGCGCUGGCGGUCAGUGUGCCCGGAGCACUGAAGGCCAGGGAGCCGGGCAGUGCUAGUGGUCAGUGUGCCGGUCACGGAUUCGGCCAGUGCUGGUGGCCAUGGAUCUGGACAAUGCUUCCGGUCAUUUUGCUGGUCAAUGCCACCAGUCACUGUGCUGGCGGUCACUGCGGCCGCUGACCCUCACACGGAGCGGGUCUCCGGCCAUCGAGGGGGCAUGGACACGCCGGCAUCCCCAACGCCGCCUCCGAUUCAGAAACACGCUGGUGGCAGGACACGUCCAUAGUCUGUUUAGCAGCAAAGUGAUUCCUGCUCCUCCCGACCGGUCCAAGACUGGACACUCUCCAGGGUGGUCACAGUUACGGCUGACCCAUCCCCCCCAUGGCCACACAUUCCAAGCCCAGCCCCAGUGGGGACACAGGGAGUGCAGGUUUACUGGGAGUGGGGCAGGCUUUAGGUGAAAGAACCCUCACUCUUUCCCCCCCCAAUCGCACUCCCAGGUCUCCUGCUGCCCUUUUGUUCCCAGUCCAGUCGUGGACAUUAGUCGAAAGGUUGUGAGGAUGUGUGAGCAUUAUUGAGGGCGUUAUUGGUGGAUGUGGGCAUUUAUGAGGGGCUAU